AACCGCCGGAUCCAUAUCGCUACACAGGGCCUCUAUACACAAACCAUACUCACACAACUCGAAAGAAAAGAAAAUAAGACUCCCAGUCGUGAUGCCGGGCGUCCGGAAUCAUCCUUACGAGACCCAUUUCUACUGUGCUCUCUGCGGGGGCCCGUUUGCCCAGGUCUUUCGUACUGCCGUCCACCCGGCGCACUCGAGCAAUGCCAAUCCUGACGGCGGCGGCGGCAGCAGCAGCAUCUGCACGGCAACGCCCCCUCAAGGGCUCUCGAAGCAGGCUCCCGAUCCAGAAGAUCUUGACAGCAGCAACGAGUUCAACUUCGUCGGGAAGAAUGCUGUGAUACCGGAAGACGUGAUUGUCGAGAAGGGUAUGGGAUAUGCAGCACGGCGGAGGCGGCAGCUACGGCUUCGAGCCCAGCCCCGGCACGUCGCGGGUGAAGGCAAGGCUGCCGUGCGACAGGCGUACGAUGGCGACCUGAUAUCCGUCAGACAGAUGAAAUGGACCAAGAAUCUGCGAGCCCUGAUCCACAACGAGGCGGCCAACACCCCUGCCAACUGGCAGCGAUACACCGAGGUCGGCGAGCAGGUUUUCCUGACCGGCCGAGGUCUGAUACGCCAGAGCGACAACUGGGCGGACGCAUACGCCUCCGUCGACGAUGAGGACGGUGGAAACCCCGAAUACCCCAUCUUCUCGGAAUCCGACCUCUUGCGGAACACGUACGGAUUCCACGUCUACCAGGAACUCGGCGGCACCCACGUCCAGAGCUCCAUCUCGUCGAUUCCCUUCCACGACGAAUGCUGGUCGCUGCUGGACUGGGCGAUCGAGGUGACCGGCGACGAGAAGGGCAUCGACGGCAUGAACGAAGACAUCGACUACGAUCACAUGUGGGGCUACCUCCGCAGCCUGGUCGCCAUCAGCGGACGCAGGCAGCAGGCCGAUCAGACCAAUGCUGUGCUCCGCGAAGGCACGACCAGGAAGGAGAUCGUCACGCGAUUGGGCGAAGUGAAUUACCGAGAAGCACAGGGGAGUGGCGAGGGAUGGAAGUGGAGACACGAGGACGGAUGUCAUUGGCUGGCUGCAGAUCCUUCGAUGAUUUCCGUGCGUGAUCACCCGCUGAAGCUUCUCCCGAACCAUGAUCCGCUACCGAUGGCACCGCGCGCAGCCCUCGUGGAUCCGUUCUCGAGCCUACCGCCGGAGGUGAUCCUGGAGAUAUGGAGUUACCUCUCUUCUUCGGACAUAUUCAGUCUCAAGAUUGCCAGUCCCGACGCUCUCAACGUUGAGCUCAGGCCGAGUUACUACCGCCGUUUCCUGAAGCAAGAAUUCAAAUACCUACCGACGCUCGCCCCGGAAAUCGGAAGGCACGAGGAAUACAUCAAACGUGGCAUACCGAGUUCGAUCGAUUGGCGAGGGAGCUUCGAAAGGCUACGACGCCUCAUCCGUACCCCCAGGCUUCCGGAGAAUGCCAGUGACGAAGAUUACAGGAGAGAAUGGGACAGGAUCGAUAUCGGGCUGAAGAAUCGGAAUCGCAUUUGGAAGAUCGUCAAGCCGAUCGCGGAAACCCUGGUCGAGACGUCGACCUAUGCCAUGCGUACCCUCCUCGGAGCACCCGGUGAUGCGGCCAAGCAGACGAGCGUCGUGAGGGGGUACGUCGGCGCCAGAUCCGGUAGGGAAGGUACGGUCAACACGGCGUACAUUGGGAAUCGGGGCCGUCUGCCCGAGUGGAUGGAACCCGAAGACGAGGAUGAGAAGGAGGAAACGGUCAACAUCAAAGCCGAGAAGGUCCGCUUCUGGUGCGAUGGGCCGACGGGCGUGUUCUGCGGCCUGGAAUUCUCUGUCCACGACGAGGAACUGGGAUCCGACACACGGCGGUUCGGCCGUGAAGGGAGCAAGCACUUCGACCUGUCACUGCGAGGGAGGGUCAUCGUCGGGUUCGCCUUCUGCUACGACGCUACCGACGGCGUCAUCUGCGGCGCCCAGGCGAUCUGGUUGUACGAGAGCGACUCGAAAUCAUGCGUGGAUUUCCAGUUCGCCAAGAAGAUCGGGCAGUGGGAUAAGUUGAUGCGGCAGAUCAUCGUGCCGACAAGAUAUCGGAAAUUCGUUGGCCUCACGGGAUUCCUGAGCUCGGCCGGUUUCAUCGAGACUGUGGGAAUAUUGGAGGAGACGUUCGUCGAAGAGGACGACCACUUUGGCGCUCGAAGCGCUCGAAGCGCUCCUCCCCGCACGCUGCCCUUGACCCACGAAGAGGCAUCGCUAUGGAAAGACCGCAUUCCACCGAGAAGCGUCUAUAUGCACGAGAGGGAGGGCGCGGCUAUCCCGGACUGGAGACUGCGUGGAGCGGAAUGGGAGGUGUGGGAACGCAGUUCUUCCGAAAACGAAUUGGGUCUUCGGUCCAAGUUUCCGUCUUCCAGCAGACUGGAAAGCAUCGUCGGCUACUAUGACCAGCACUUCCUGCGAGGAUUGGAGUUCAUGUAUGUCGACCGCAAUCGCAGGCGGACGUCAUGUCUGCUGGGCGUUCGCGAGGGAGGGAAGGAAGGUGUCUUCGCCGUGGACGAGAAGGAGCCCAUCAUCGCGUCGGUCAUCUCGUUCGGCGAUGAAGGGGUAUAUGGAAUUCUGUUCCUUACCAAGACUGGCCGGAAGAGCCAGGUGUUCGGCCCAAGAUUCCGCGGGACCCAUAAGGUUUUCGCUCCGCAACCCGACUUGAGCAAUCCAGCUGGUCAGUGCGGAAACGAGCACCGCGAGAAUAUCCAUACGAAUAUAGUUGGAGUCCAUGGAAUCUACGAUUAUGAGGAUAAGAGGUUUCUUCAGCUGGGGCUCGCAUUUCUCGAACCAGCAGAGGGGGGUAGCUGCGUUGGCUCGAUCUUCACACAACCCCUGCCGUGUUCGAUUCCUUUCGACGCUAAGGACGAGUCAUUCGAGUCACUCGGUGUGUGGGAAGAUACACCCCCCAACAAGCAUUGGGUUAUCGGUUCCAGCCCGAGUGAUAUCGCUAUCGAUUCUUCGUGCAGGGUUCGCCGACGAAAGCCGUUCAACGACUUUAGCGGUUGGGCGAGUCUGAAAUCGGUAUCUAGGAUUAUCAUCUAUGGAGAGAUGAAGGGAAUCAGGUUCAGCUAUGCGGGAGACGAACCAGAUAUCUUCUUCGGAGACGUGGACGAUGAAUCGGAUACGGUGGUCCAGGAAAUUAAUCAAAGAUCUGGUGAGGAGAUUGUUGGUGUCGCCGUACUUGAAAAUCGGUCCUCAUCAUACGACGACGACGAUGAAGGGGAAGACUCCACCAUCAACUUUCCUGUACCGAUGGAACGGAUAUUUUUUAUUACGAAUUUCGGUGAAGCGGAAAUUUCCUCACCGGUCAAGUGCCGUACCCAGUUCUCGGAGUAUAUUGUCGCCGUUAAAUUCGACUUCAAUCACGAUCAGCUGAUCUCGUGGGCACCGAUCUUCACCACAACUCCCAAAAGAUCUCUUGAGCGGAAGGAGCAAAGAUCUCGUGAGCAAAGGAUGCAGAUAUCUUGUGAGCAAAGGGAGCUCAUCAGGCUUAUCCGGUUCCCUUGGAGGGCUUCUGACCGGAAUAUCAUCGAAGACUUUUACAUCUCAGAAACCGCCUAUGUCGUCUCGACGGUCUUUGACGAGAGUAGUGAGACCGGUCACGUAGAUGCCGUAAAAGCCUAUGUGACGCGGGAAGGACGGUUCUGCGGAUUCAUCUUCCGGCGCAGAGGGAAAUGGCCAAAGGGAGUCUUUGGAGAACGGUCGGCGUUCGAGACAACGUUUGAGCUUUGGGAAGGGGAGCGUUUUGACUCGAUCUUCGUUCCUGAAGUUGAUGGAUGCCGCAGCUCUAGUGCUCUAGCGCUUUCGACGAAUCGUGGCCGAACAACACCAUGGUUUGGAAUUAUUCAGAGUGGUGCUACAGCACUUCACUUGACGCCACCACCAGGGCAUAUCAGUGUGGGACUCUACGGCGCUCAGUUCAAGAAACCCAGCCUCUACGAGCGUAUCCAGUGGAACUUGCUCGGACUUUUAUAUCGCCCCCGGGAGUCUACCUCCGUGUGCGUUGCAUAUUCGGGGACCAGACAAAAUCCCAGCGAGCCAGAAUAUCACACUGAAGAUCCAGCAACCCAUCUGCGCUGGCUCAACGGCUCUCCUUUCCAGACACGGGGCCUAGUCUUCACUCCGUUGCUACAAGGACAUCGGAACCAGCCAUCUCGGGAAAGAUACAGAGGCCAGGCACCCGAAUCGGUCGGGAGAGCGUUUUCGGUAUUCCAGCCCGAAAACUUGCUCCAGAUCCGCGUCUGGUGCUCCCAAGGGAUCUGCAGUAUCCGGCUGCACGGAACGGACGCCAUGGGAGUCAUCACGGUGGGCGACUGGCCCGCGGACGCGGAAGGAGUCAACUUGAGCAGCGAGCGGAAAAUGCUCAUCAACGGCCCCGACGGCGAGCGCAUCUCGCGCAUCAAGGUCGCAUUCCGCAAGCUCGGCUCAGACGAGGAGCGAAUCGUCGGCCUGUCGUUCCACACGACCUUCGGCCGCGAGAAAACCAUCAUCGGCUCGAUGGGCACGGUGCCGUUUGACUGCUUCAAUAAGAGCGUCGCCGCACUGCUGUGUCCUGACGACCAUGAGAUCGUCGGCUUGCACGGCAUCUUUGGCGUCUUUGAUAUUCAUGACCUCGGCUUGGUCGUUAGGAAGGCCACCCCCCCGCUGUGUUCGCCUUGUACCGCACAGACGGCGUUGCAGAUGCAGAUGCAGAUGCAGAUGCAGAUGCAGAAGCAGAAGGGGUGGUGCUGCCAGAUGGCGGCGGCGGUUGCGAGGUAGUUGGUGCUGUGAAGGAUUAUCAUUUAAUUUCGGGGAAUCAUUUUCGGUUGGUUUCCUUGUGUAGGCGGUGGCAUAUUCUGUUUGUUUUGAACUCCCUUGGUUUCUUUCCCACCUUU